UCAGAACCAGACGGAAGCCGGGAGAACACACACAGGUCGUGAGCGCGGGAGUCCAUUUAGCGAGGCGCCAAUGAAGCAAAACCUAGGCCUAACCCUCAGCCUUUCGGCACUGGUCAUGGCGACGACGAUGGCACUGUCGCUGGCACACCCGGGCUACAACUUCCCCCCUGAGGUGCUCAACGACCCGCCCAUGCCCUUCCGCGACGACCCAGAACGACCCGCCUACCCGCCCACAAGUGGCUUCAAACGGGGCUUCUGGGAGAAACGGACAGGGACUCAGGCCUCACGCGACGGCUUCGACCCAGAACUCGAGGUGGCCGACUACCCCGUCCAGGAGGACUGGCUGAGGCGCGGCCGAAUCCCCACAGGACCCGCAGCGGACAAGCGCGGCUUCGGCUCCAUGAUGCCACAGUACCUGGUCAACAUGUACCGGCCGGACGUGCUCAACAACCUUCCCAAGUCCCUUUUCUCCCGUACUCGGCCCAGCACGGACCGCGGGAGGAGGUCCUACGACUAGAUCCUUCGGCUGCAGCUGCGGCGGCCGGGAGGGGCAGGCUGUCCCUUCCCGAGGGCGGAGGCGAGAGGGGCGUGGGGGCGGCGGAUCCGGAGGCGCUGAGGCUGUGGCACGAACUCUACAAGGCUCUGCAGGCCUCGCAGACGACGGGACAGGGCGCGCUGACGCAUUCGUGCUGACGCGGCUGCCUCCCGAAGCACUG